GGCGACUUUGGGGCGGGCGGGCCGGCUGAGGCUACCUUGGCGGUGCCGAAGCUGCUUCUCUUUUCCCUUCCUCUCCCUGGUCAUCUCUGGGUGGUUUACUUGGUUCUGCAUUCUCAUGCUUUCAGUGGCCACUCAGACAGGGCCUAAACUGAGCACUCCGUUGCUCUGUAGUGGUUCCUAGUAUGAAGAGGCUGGUGUGUUUUACAGAGAAAACAGCAACCAAUGUAAAGCUGAAUCAAACAUGGAAGAUUAAUUGUCCAUGGAAACAAUAAAAACAAACCAGCAACUCAGGCCCUGCUCUCUUCAAAUAUUGACUUUGCCUUGGUCUUGCUAGACUCUUCAUCUAUGGUUCCUGUUAUUUUGCGUUUAUACUUCAAUGGAGUUAGACACAGCAGCAUACAAAGUCAGUGGGAAAUGAAUUCUUUCUCUUGAUAGGUCGAUGUGCUUGGUCUAAAGUCAGCCCUAGGUUGGCUCUGGCAGAAAAGUGGAAAGAGAUGCUGAGCUUUACCAGAUGUCAACAUCUGAAACAGAUAACGCGGAAGUGUUUUUCUAGUGCGUCGGUUAACGUGCGGACUCACACGCAGCGCUUGCUCUCACGGGCCUUUGCAUAUGCAGGAUCAGGGAAGUCAUGGCACUCAAUCCACUCUCUUGUUGGAGACAAAAAUAUUAUCCUGAUGGGGCCUCCUGGUGCAGGGAAAACGACAGUAGGGAGAAUAAUAGGUCACAAGCUAGGCCGCUGUGUCAUUGACGUGGACAGCGACAUCCUUGAGAAAACCUGGAAGAUGAGCGCUUCUGAAAAAUUGCAGGAUGUUGGUAAUGAGCAAUUUUUAGAAGAGGAAGGAAAAGCCGUGUUAAACUUGUCUGCAUCUGGAAGUGUGAUUUCCCUCAGUGGGUCCAAUCCCAUGCAUGAUGCUAGUAUGUGGCAUCUGAAGAAAAAUGGGAUUGUCGUGUACCUGGAUGUGCCUCUAGUGGAUAUAAUCAGUCGUCUGAAAUCAAUGAAAGUUAGCAGGAUUGUUGGUCAGACCUCGGGAGCAUCUAUGAGAGACUUACUGCAGCACAGAAGACUGUACUAUAAGAAGUGGUACGACACUCGAGUCUUUUGUGAGAGCGGGGCUUCUGCCGAGGAGGUCGCAGACAGAGUGCUGGAUGCAGUGAAAAGAUACCAAGAUGUGGAUUCAGAGACAUUCAUUUCAACAAGGCACGUGUGUCCUAAAGACCUUGACAAGAAGCCUCCACCAAAAUACUUCAGUGAAGCUGUGCUUGAGGGUUUGGCUUCUGAUGGCGGACUCUUUGUCCCUGAGAAGGAGUUUCCAAAAUUAAGCUGUGGGGAGUGGAAAAGCCUAAUAGGAGCGACCUACAUAGAGAGAGCGCAGAUAAUUCUGGAAAGGUGUAUUCACCCUGCGGACAUACCUGCCACCAAGUUGGGAGAAAUGAUUGAAACUGCUUACGGGGACAACUUUGCCUGCUCUAGAAUCGCCCCCAUCAGGCACCUGUCAGGCAAUCAGUUCAUCCUGGAGUUGUUCUAUGGGCCCACGGGGUCCUUCAAGGAUUUGUCCCUACAGCUCAUGCCUCAUAUCUUUGCCUACUGUAUCCCACCGAGUUGCAAUUAUGUGAUCCUUGUAGCUACUUCAGGAGACACGGGCAGUGCAGUCUUAAAUGGGUUUAGCCACCUUAGUACAAACGACAAGCAAAGGAUUGCUGUGGUCACAUUUUUUCCAGAGAAUGGAGUUAGUGGUUUUCAAAAAGCACAGAUAAUUGGCAGUCAGAGAGAAAACGGAUGGGCAAUAGGUGUCAGGUCAGAUUUCGAUUUUUGCCAGACAGCUAUAAAAAAAAUAUUUAACGAUUCUGAUUUUACUGGCUUUCUGACUAUGGAAUAUGGAACAGUCUUAAGUUCAGCAAAUUCUAUAAACUGGGCUCGGCUGCUUCCACAAGUAGUUUAUCAUGCAUCUGCCUAUCUUGAUCUUGUUAGCCAAGGGUUUAUUUCCUUUGGAAGCCCAGUAGACGUCUGUAUCCCCACAGGAAACUUUGGGAACGUGUUAGCAGCAGUCUAUGCCAAGACGAUGGGGAUCCCUAUCCGGAAAUUUAUCUGUGCCUCUAAUCAGAACCACGUUUUGACGGAUUUCAUAAAAACUGGGCAUUAUGAUCUAAGGGAUAGGAAAUUAGCACAAACCUUCUCACCAUCAAUUGAUAUUCUCAAAUCUUCAAAUCUGGAGCGACAUUUGUACUUGAUGGCUAACAAAGAUGGACAGUUAAUGGCAAAUUUAUUCAGUCAGUUAGAGAGCCAGCUUCAUUUCCAAAUAGAGAAGCUGCUGGUCCAGAAGCUGCAGGAGGACUUUGUUGCAGACUGGUGUUCGGAGGGAGAGUGCCUCGCAGCCAUCGGCACUACUUACAACACGACAGGGUAUAUUCUGGAUCCACACACGGCUGUUGCAAAGGUGGUCGCAGAUAAGAUGCAAGACAAAAGCUGCCCAGUGAUCAUCUCAUCGACAGCUCACUACUCGAAGUUUGCACCCGCUAUCCUGCAGGCCCUGAAGAUUAAAGAGCUCAACGAGACAUCAUCAAGCCAGCUUUGCUUACUGGGCUCGUACAAUGCAUUACCACCUCCUCAUGAGGCUUUGCUAGAGAGAAUGAAACAGCAAGGGAAGAUGGACUACCAGGUUUGUGCAGCUGACGUGAACGCCUUGAAGAGCCACGUGGAAAAGCUGAUCCAAAAUCGGUUCAUAAGGAAGUCUGAGUAGAGUAUUUUUCUUGGCAAGAAGCAAAAAUAAAUCUCGAGAGUUGGUUGGGACUACAGAAGCGUUUUGUUUUGUGUAAAUGUUUUGUGUGCAUCUGUUGGAAAUCCAGCGCCCUGACCCCUGGGCCUGACCUUACACCUGCAGUGACCCCCAGGUCCUCCAGAAGAGACCUUCCAGCAUCGCCCCUGGAACCUGGUGCUGUCGAGCUUCAUUCUCUGCUUAGGGGGGAUAUGGCAAUUUCUCCUUCACCCCCACUUGUGAGAGGAACAAAAUACUGGUAUCUAGCUUGGCAUUUAAAAAUCUUUAAGCACAGUUAAGUACUGCAUCUAUAGCCAUUUACUGUUUGUUGUUCAAACCGUUUGCUGCUUGGGACAGUUAACUCACAUAGCAGAAAUAGGAAGUUAGUUCAUUAAUAGUGGAGCCAUUUCAAGCUCCAGCUUGGACAGUGGUUGCUUAUGUGUCUCCACCCUGUCCAGUUAGAGUUGGCAGACUGUUCGCUACCUUUAGAAUAUUUGUAGUUAGGCUGAGGAAGUCUGAAAGUCGAGCCAGCAUUUACCUCUAGGGUGUAGCAAUCAACAGAACUGUGGAGUAGUAUACAGAAAUAAAAUCACCUACUUCAAGAGGAAGGAGUUCCAAAGUCAGUAAUGUUUAAAAGUUUUAAUAAAAGUACAAUUAUAGACAACAGCUUUUCUAUAUUAUUCAAAGUCUGUUCCUAUUUGUCUCAAAUUUAAUAAACAUUUUUGGGCACCUAACCCACUCAAAUUAAUGCAAAUGCUUAAUGUCCAUUGCUGUGUAGGGCAGUGACUUUAACCGCUCUGUGAGUGUUUCCUGAAUAUUUACUUUCUGGGCUACAGGUGGUCACUGACCUGAAGUGUCUUCCUCGCAGACUGUCUUUGCUGAUGAUGUUCCGCAUCUCAGUUAGCUUAACUUAAUUUGAAAAUUAAAAUGAUGAAAAAUAUUAAUAGUUUUAAAGAGCAAGGGGCAAUUUGUUUUGCAAGUUUGAAAUUAAACCAAUUCCAUUUUAGCAUCAGAUCUCUGGCUUGGCUUUUAAAAUGUAGUUCUACAACCUGUCAUGGAGGCUGGGAUUGUCCCUGGUUCAAUGCUUGCCUAGCACGCGCAAAACUCUGGGUUCCAACCUUAGCACAUAGGAAGGUAGAGACAGUGCUUAAAAGACAUGUUAAGCUACGUAGUUUGAGGCCAGCCUGGGAUACAUGAGAUCCUGUCUUAAAAAAACAAAUAAAGCCAGAAAUGAAAAAUGCCCCUCUUAGCAUUUAUUCCUCCUCCUAAGAAGUAGCUAUCCCAAAGCUCAUGUUAGUCAGCGUGUGUGUGUGUGUGUAUGUGUGUGUGUGUGUGUAAUAUUUGCUUUGUUUAGUUUUGAACUUAUUUAUUUAUUUAUUGAGACAGGAUUUCUCUGUGUAGCUUUGGAGCCUGGAACUCACUCUGUAGAACAGGCUGGCCUACAGCUCACAGAGAUCCUCCUGCCUCUGCCUCCCAAGUGUUGAGAUUAAAGGCGUGUACCACCACUGCCCAGCGAACUUCUUCAAUUUUAUGUCAAUAAAAUCAUACUGCAUCAUCUAUUCAUUGCGGCUGAACAACUUUAAAACUAUGACGGCCAGAUGAAUUAAGCUAUGGCUCAUUGACUUUCCUUAGUAUAAAUAUAUAUAUAUAUAUAUAUAUAUAUAUAUAUAUAUAUAUAAUGUAAAUAUCACAAUAUGCUUACCAAUUUGUGAGGGUUUUACUAUUUUUUCUCUGUUCUUUUUUGUAAAAUUCUAAUAAUGUGUUUUAUCUUGACAUUACAAUAAGAAUGUAUAUAUGAAAUUAUUUUACAAUUACAUGCCUACAGUGUAUUUAUGAGACUUUGAAAAACAGAUAAGAAUUCUUUGUUUUGUUUUGUUUUUUGAAACAGUUUUUUCUGUGUAGUCCUGGCUGUCCUGGAACUCUCUCUGUAGAUCAGGCUGGUCUUGAACUCGGAGAUACCUGUACCUCUGCCCCUCCUGAGUAUUGAGAUUAAAGAUGUGUGCAUGACCACUGGGCUACAAGUAAGGUUUUUAAUUGUGCAUUUUAGAAAUUAUAAAAUGAUUCAAUUAAAAUAAAGCUAAAACAGUA